UGGUUUGUUUGACAUUUGAUUUUGACUUCAACUUCUGUGUUGCGUGUUUUUUUUUCAAGAAGUAAAUUAAUAAUUGUUUUGAUGCAUGUUGAAUAAAGCUAUUUUUACUAUUAAUACAAUCUAUCAUUCAUCAUUAUUUAUCAAUUUUUUACAUUUUUUUUUAAUUGAGAUGGAUUUUGAGGAUUAUUCGAAUGGAGAAUCGGACUCUGAUGAUUAUUUGCCCGCAAGUGAAGUGAUAAUUUGCGAAACUGUUUAUGACAGCAAGAAGGCGAUAAUGGAUUGGAAUAAACAACCGAUGGCGAGAUGGGUUGAGCAUGAGAACGAAGUCUGUCAAAAACCAACAUCAGAGUGCAGCACUGCAUGCUCCCCAAAUGAUAAUGAAAAAGAGCAAACAGUUCUUGGGUAUCGUCAAAUAUUCAUCAAACAAGAACAAAAUGAUUUCCAAGAUGCAGAAGAAAAUUGGGAAAAUCUAGACUGCAACACAGUGGAGGUCAUACCUGAUAUGAGGACUUUUAACUGCAGUACAUCUGGCCAUUUCAAUGGCAGCAGCAUUGAAAAAGAUGCAACCACAUUGUUUACCGAACCAAAACAAGUACUAAAUAAAGUGAAAAAGGCUACGCUCCACUGUAGCGACAGUUUUCGCCGACUCUCUCACUUGAAGCUGCAAAUUAGGAAGCAUAAGAAACCUUCCAAUUGUGAGUUUUGUGAUUACAAGACAACCAACUCCAGUAAUCUGAAGAGACAUGUCAGAACCCACAUCGGCGUAAAACCGGUACAAAGUGUCAGUUGUACAUUUUGUGACAAGAAGUUCAGUGGGUCAGCUACUUUGAGGAAUCAUCUCAAGAAGCAUUCAGCAGAAAUGCGCUUCAGUUGUGAGUUAUGCGACUAUAAAUGCAAUGAGUUAGUUACAUUAAACACACAUAUUGGAACACAUAAUAUGGACAAAAAACCUUUCUGUUGUGAAUUGUGUGACUAUAAAUUCAGUCGGUCAGGUCAUUUGAGACGUCAUAUGAGGACGCAUACAGGUGAAAAGCCUUACAGCUGUAAACUCUGUGACUUCAGAUGCGCUCAGAUUGGUAGUAUCCAAUAUCAUUUCCGCAAGCAUCAUGAAGAUGAAGAUUACAGUAAACUAUAUGUGUAUAAAUACGCUACAAAUUAGACUGGUUGUUUGCAAUAUCAUCUUCGCGUGUAUCAUAAAUAGUUUGCCUCAACCAACUAAUUUAUUCAACUUGGAAAAUGUUAGAUCUAAAGCUGCGUUUACACCAAAGUUACUAGUAGUUCUGUGAACAGUAAACCUCACGCAGUAUUCUCAUCCACAAGUACCUGAUGUCAACUGUUUUAAAUGUUAACAAAAUCAGUUCACGU